AUGGAGGCGGCCGGCCUAAUGAACCACUUCCCGUGCCUGGUGAUCCGUGGCAUAUGCGACUACGCCGACUCACACAAGAACAAGGAAUGGCAGGGGUAUGCGGCCAUGGUGGCGGCAGCGUAUGCAAAGGACCUGCUGCAGCAGAUACCGCCCAGCAGGGUCGAAGCGGAGAAGCCUAUCCAACUUUACGAAGACUUCAAGAACAUCAACCCGGACCGAGUCCCAGGCACAUGCAAGUGGGUCAAGGACCAUCCGCAGUACAAGAAGUGGCAACAGAGUGCUCAUAACGACCUCCUCUGGAUCUCAGCCGACCCCGGUUGCGGCAAGUCGGUGCUGGCGAAAUCUCUCAUCGACAAAGACCUUCCGAGCGCCGGUGACCAUACGGUGUGCUACUUCUUCUUCAAGGACAACGAAGAACAAGACGGCCUUGCGACGGCCCUGUGUGCUGUGCUCCACCAACUUUUAGGAUGCCAACCUCAGCUUCUCCGCCACGCCGCUAGCGCCUUUGAGAAGAAUGGCACUAAGUUGCAGAGUGAGGUGGACGAGCUGUGGCGGAUCCUUCUGGCUGCAGCUACGGACGAGUCUGCCGGAGCUGUUACGUGCGUUUUCGAUGCGCUGGACGAAUGUCGAAGAGAAGAUAGGAGGAAGCUCAUCCAGAUGUUGACAGACUUUUAUGCCCGGCAUAGCUCAACAUCAGCGCGGAGGUUCCAGCUGAAAUUCGUCGUGACCAGUCGCCCGUACCGGGAUAUUGAGUCUGGAUUUGGCGGCAUCCCCUCCGAGCUUCCGUCGAUCCGGCUGGCUGGUGAAGAGAGCAACGCGGACAUCAGCGACGAGAUCAACCUCGUCAUUCGGCAGAAGAUACAGGCAGCUGGUGACAAACUUCACCCUGACCAGGAGGUACGAGACGCACUGCAAGCGAGGCUGCUGGCAACAGCGCAUCGGACUUAUCUCUGGCUCCACCUUGUAUGGGACGAGCUUGACAACAGCAGCAAGCGCACCAAGAAAGCUUUUUUGAAGAAGAUCGACUCGCUCCCAUCGACGGUGGAGGGCGCAUAUGAAAAUAUCCUCAACAUACACGGCCGCGGUCGACGGGAAGAGGUCGAGACCCUCCUUCACAUCGUCGUAGGCGCUCGACGGCCGCUUACGCUCUCGGAGAUGGAUGUGGCGUUCGAGCUGGCCACGGAAUCGCCCGGUGCUCUACGACACGAGGAUCUUGACCUCGAUGGCGACCAUCUGAAGUCACGCAUCCGAGAGCUUUGUGGGCUCUUUGUAUUUGUAAGCGACAACCGGGUCUACUUGAUCCACCAGACGGCGAAAGAAUUUCUAGUUGCAAAGGGGAGUGUUCAAGACUCGGCUCGUGAUCGCUGGAAGCACUCGCUUCACACGCAGAUGUCCAACCACAUCAUGACACACAUUUGCAUCCAGUAUCUAUCUUUUUCUGACAUUCGAGACGACCAAUUUCACGAGAGACUAGGGAAAGAUGAUGCCGGCUUCAACGACUUCCCCCUGUUGGAGUAUUCUGCAGAAAACUGGCCAGCGCAUUCCCGGGCUAUGGGUGGCGCGGACGAGGGCCUGUUCAACCGCAUGUUCGAGCUGUAUGACGCCAAGACCGAACGGUUCGAGACUUGGUUAAAAGGCGGCAACUUCGGCAACGCUCUCCAUGCCACCUCAGAGGGAGGCCACGUCGAGGCCGUGAAGCUGCUCUUGGAGAAGGGGGCGGACGUUAACAUUAAGGACGACGAUUAUGGUCAGACACCACUAUCAUGGGCGGCCGAGAAUGGACAUGAGAAGGUAGUGAAGCUCCUCCUUGGCAGAGACGAGGUCGAUGUCGACACGCAAGACAAACUCGGCCGGACGCCCCUCUCAUGGACCGCUGCCAAUGGACACGACGUGGUAGUGAAGAUGAUUCUCGAUACGGGCAAAGCCAAUAUCGAGUCCACCGACGAAUCGGGCCGCACACCAGUUUCAUGGGCGACCAGAAAAGGACACGACGUGGUGGUGAAGCUGCUCCUUGACAAGAGCAACGUCGAUACCGCCACGGCCGACACCAGGGUUCGGACAACCCUCUUCUUGGCUGCCGCUCAAGGACACGAAGCAGUGGUCAAGAUGCUGAUCGAUGAUAACGAUGUAGAUCUUGCUGCAGAGGAUGCAUGUGGUCUGACAGCACUGCAGCUGGCCGUCUUCAACUGUCAUCAAGGCGUGGAGACGCUACUGUUGGCGAAUAAUGCCCCGGUUGUUCCAGACUUUUACGGUUUCCAAUUCCUGUUUGCAGAUAUCACGGCGAUGUCGGAUUCAUCUUGAACGCG